ACGUUACAGAACGUUGGGGAUUUGCCCUGUGUGCACAUUUUUCAUCCUGUCCUGAUUGGCAAGGUGAUGGAUGCGGUCUAAAACCUAAACCCGUUAAUUUAAUGGGUUCCAUGGACCCGAAUAACGAUGCCAAAUUGUUGGCUGCGGCAGAACUCCUAAUUGAUGGGGUGAUUCGACACUCAAUAAUAAUCUAUAAGCAUGGGCAAAUAGAAUCGGUGGACACUGAGCUGGUGAAGGACGCUGGACACAAACUUUCACCUGUGCAACCAGAAUCGGUAAAGGACAGUGAGCUGGUCACAGUCACACUCGCAGAACACAACUGUUCGCCUGCGCAACCAGAAUCGGUGAAGGACUGUGAACUCACAGAACAAAAACUUCCACCUGUGCCUCGGAAUUCCAUUCUAAGAAAAAAUUCAGUGGACUGUGGGCGGACGUCACCCGCAGCGGGCGGGCACAAGAUUUCAUGGGCAUCAGACGUGAGCGACUCUUCGCACGGCAGCGUAGACUCCUCCUUCCCAUUCGCUAUCCAUCCAAGAUGUGAAGAUCUCAUUCGCGAGGACAAGCAGAUGUUCGCAGGGGUCCAUCCACUCAAAAACCAGGACCGUUCUUCUGACCGUUUCGUUCGGACACCUUCACCACUUUGCGCAGGGCGCGCUAGCCCGCUCUCAACCGCACCAGUGGAGAGGAACCCAGGGGACGACGACCAAUCGAGCUCAGAGGAUGAUGUGUCAGAUGUGGCCCCGAAAGAAAACGAAAAGAAAUCGAGAUUUUCCUAUUUGCUGGGCCUGCUAACGCGACCUUUCAGGAGGGCUAAGGGUUCACAGACUACCCGCUGCUGGUCUAGUUGAAGAUGUAUGUCCAUCAUUACAGUUCCUAUUUUCAUGUAAUCAAAUGCGUUACGAUACAAAAUAUAAAAUAAAGUCAAUAAAGUUUUUGCUCUAUAUCAAA